CUACUUAAGCCGCCGCGACACGAGCCUAUCCACCACUCCCGUCUCGUCGUCUCGUUCUCGUCUCCGAUCACUCUCCUCCUCAUCUUCGUCACGGUCUCCUCGCUUCGCUAGCUCGCUUGCUUGCUGGCUGAGCUGUGGUACGCUCGCCAUGGCGUCCUCGACGGGGGGGUUGGACCACGGGUUCACGUUCACGCCGCCGCCGUUCAUCACGUCGUUCACCGAGCUGCUGUCGGGGGGCGGUGGGGACCUGCUCGGCGCCGGCGGUGAGGAGCGCUCGCCGAGGGGGUUCUCCAGAGGCGGAGCGAGGGUGGGCGGCGGGGUGCCCAAGUUCAAGUCCGCGCAGCCGCCGAGCCUGCCGCUCUCGCCGCCGCCGGUGUCGCCGUCGUCCUACUUCGCCAUCCCGCCGGGGCUCAGCCCCACCGAGCUGCUCGACUCCCCCGUCCUCCUCAGCUCCUCCCAUAUCUUGGCGUCCCCGACCACCGGUGCAAUCCCGGCUCAGAGGUACGACUGGAAGGCCAGCGCCGAUCUCAUCGCUUCUCAGCAAGAUGACAGCCGCGGCGACUUCUCCUUCCACACCAACUCCGACGCCAUGGCCGCGCAACCGGCCUCUUUCCCUUCCUUCAAGGAGCAAGAGCAGCAAGUGGUCGAGUCGAGCAAGAACGGCGCCGCCGCCGCGUCGAGCAACAAGAGCGGCGGCGGCGGGAACAACAAGCUGGAGGACGGGUACAACUGGAGGAAGUACGGGCAGAAGCAGGUGAAGGGGAGCGAGAACCCGAGGAGCUACUACAAGUGCACCUACAACGGCUGCUCCAUGAAGAAGAAGGUGGAGCGCUCGCUCGCCGACGGCCGCAUCACCCAGAUCGUCUACAAGGGCGCACACAACCACCCCAAGCCGCUCUCCACCCGCCGCAACGCCUCCUCCUGCGCCACCGCCGCCGCCUGCGCCGACGACCUCGCGGCGCCCGGCGCGGGCGCGGACCAGUACUCCGCCGCGACGCCCGAGAACUCCUCCGUCACGUUCGGCGACGACGAGGCCGACAACGCAUCGCACCGCAGCGAGGGCGACGAGCCCGAAGCCAAGCGCUGGAAGGAGGAUGCUGACAACGAGGGCAGCUCCGGCGGCAUGGGCGGCGGCGCCGGCGGCAAGCCGGUGCGCGAGCCGAGGCUUGUGGUGCAGACGCUGAGCGACAUCGACAUCCUCGACGACGGCUUCCGGUGGAGGAAGUACGGCCAGAAGGUCGUCAAGGGCAACCCCAACCCAAGGAGCUACUACAAGUGCACGACGGUGGGCUGCCCGGUGCGGAAGCACGUGGAGCGGGCGUCGCACGACACGCGCGCCGUGAUCACCACCUACGAGGGCAAGCACAACCACGACGUCCCGGUCGGCCGCGGCGGCGGCGGCGGACGCGCCCCGGCGCCGGCGCCGCCGACGUCGGGGGCGAUCCGGCCGUCGGCCGUCGCCGCCGCCCAGCAGGGGCCCUACACCCUCGAGAUGCUCCCCAACCCCGCCGGCCUCUACGGCGGCUACGGCGCCGGCGCCGGCGGCGCCGCGUUCCCGCGCACCAAGGACGAGCGGCGGGACGACCUGUUCGUCGAGUCGCUCCUCUGCUAGUCGAGCCGAGCCGAGCCGAGCUGAGCUGGGCCCCACAUCCCCCUGCUCGCCACGUGGCGUAUUUUCGCCUCGCCGUAUACGUACGGCCGUAUAGCGUACGUAUACACGCUCGCACGCCCUGCCCAACACGGCAAUACACACAUACAUACUCUCGUACACACGUAGUAGCAUACAUAUACAGUAUAGUAGGUGGUAGUGGUAGCUAGCUAGGGAGUGAGAUCCAAUUUGUUGAUUCGUUGCAGGCCACUGCCACGUGGGCCACACCGGAAACAGUACACGCGUAUACACCACACUUGGGAUACGCGUACGUACGCACAUGUACACGUAGUUUUGUGCCUUUGUAACUGCUGAGAGACAGGUCAAAUAAGACUGAUGAAUUUUUCAUUUCUUAAAAUUCCACUCGUGUGAAUUACUAGUAGUAUAAAUAUCUAUACAUGAUGUUUUUACAAUCUGUACCGAACUGAGAAAGAGGAAAAAAAAGAGAGAGAUUUUUUUUUA